AUGACAGAAAGUGAUUCAAUUUCGCUUGUUGUUUUAUCUCAUGGACUUUGGGGAAACAAGGGACAUAUGGACUAUAUCAAGAAUCAGCUUAUUCAAAGAUAUAAGAAUACAAUUUAUGUGUUGAAUAUGGAUAUCAAUGAAUCCAAAUUUACAUAUGAUGGGAUUGAUGUCUGUGGUGAAAGAGCUGCUAUACAAAUUCAAAAAACAAUUAAGCGACUAAACAAUGCAAACAAAAAAGUAGUAAAGAUAAGCAUGAUCGGAUACUCACUAGGAGGCUUAAUAUUGAGAUAUGCAAUUGGAGUUUUGGGAGAAAAAGGUGUAUUUGAAGAUAUUAUUCCUGAUUAUUUUAUUACAUUUGCUACACCACACAUGGGUGUUCGAUUGCCAGAUAAAGGCUUUUUUUCAAAGAUAUUCAAUUUUACUACUGGUAGAUUUAUUUCUCGCUCUGGAGAACAGCUUCAGCUGAGAGAUAAAUUUGGCAAGAAGGAGAAACCUCUGAUCCAAACAUUAUCUGAUCCAGGUAUUCAUAAUAGUCUUGUGAAAAAUACACACAUUAACUCCUGCGUUCACCAUAGAUGA